AGAAACGUCAUGACGACUGUAUGUGUUUGUCAUCACAUUCGAAGAAGUUUGACAGCAAGGAAGAGUUCUGUCAGUCAAACACAAACUGCGUUGCAUGCCAGUUAAACUUUUGAAACAUAGUUGAUCAACCGAUUUCAAACGGUUUGUGCUGUAAAAAAAAGUCGUCUUUCCAAUCAAAUGUGACAAAUAAAAUCAUGUGGCAAAAAGAGUCAACGAAUAAAAGUGCGUUGUACAUCAAUUUGUGUGUGGAAAAAUCCAAGGGGAAUUUGGACGAUAUAUACCAGGAUUUGCGUGCAGAGAUCAAUGCGCACAAAAAGAUGAAAUCGCUUUAUGCAAAAUGUGAUGAAGUGUCUCGAAAGAAGCGACAAAAGGCCAAGGCAUAUUUUGACGAACGCAACUGGGAGGAUGCAAUUGAUUGGUACAACGAAGCCUUGUGUUUUGCUGAGAAGGAAUCAAAAAGUGUGGGUCUUACGUUUGCCUACCGUUCGGCAUGUUUUUUCAACAUGAGACUGUACGAUCGCUGUUUGAUUGACAUUCAAAAAGCAAUUGAGAAUAAUUGCCCAAAACGAUUGGUUCCGGAAUUGAAGAAGCGAAAAUUGAGUUGCCAGAAAUACAUUACAAACGGAAUGCAGAGCGAACAACGCACAAUGCAACUGGAUUUCAUGGAAGACGGACGGUUCCCGGGUAUGGCCAAUGUUGUGGAAAUUACAAAAAGUGCUGACAACAAACAUGCGAUCAUUGCCAGGCAGAACAUCGAUGUUGGACAAAUUGUUGCUAUUGACAAGGGAUUCACAAAGACACUGUUCACGAUCUACGGAUGGAAAUGUGUGAUUUGCCUGAAAAGCAAAACAAACUUGGUACCGUGCAAACGAUGCACGACAGCAAUGUUUUGCCACGAUUGCGACUUCAAUCUACACAAAUACGAAUGUGGCAUGAAGACAUCGUUGUACAGCAAUUUCAACAAUCACCUAAUGCAAGAGUUGCGAACAUUUUUUGUGGCGAUGAAUUUAUUUGCGGAUGCCACGGAAAUGAUGGAAUUUGUUGAGCAAAGCAUCGGCAGCGAUCAAUUCGAAAUACCAAACACACUCCGAGACGAUCGAUCGAAGUACCGAGCAUUUUUGAAGCUGGCCAAGAACACAGCCGAGUCGAAAGACGUACAAUUUCCCCAGAUUGUCUUUGGUGUGUACAAAAUUUUACUGGAAAUUCCAAAGGUUCAAACGAUGUUCACAUCAAAGCGACACCGUCGUUUCCUCAUGCAUCUCGUCGGUCAUCACGUUGAAAUCAACAUACGUCAAGCAUAUGUCGCUGUUGAAGAUAUGGAAGAUGGAAAUAAGAAGGUUGAAAAACGAACAUUGUACUCACAAGUUGGUGUAAUGCUAGGUUAUUUCCACCACUCGUGUUCUCCCAAUGUCUGGCCAAUCGAUCGAAACGGAGACACCAUCUACAUUGUCAUUUGUCCAAUCCAAGCUGGUCAGCAGUUGUUCGUGUCCAACUAUAGUUUUCAUUGGAACGACCCAACCAAAUAUUAUCAGAGAAUGAGUGAAAUCGAUUGCAAAUGUGAACGGUGCAAGGGGUUACGACCACCUGAAGCGGAGACUCUGGCAUUCUCAUCCGAUCCAGACUUUGAAUUGAUCGAAUCCUGUGAAAUCAGAUCUGAAAGCGAUUGCAUCGACAGCAAACGAUUCGAUAUUUUGAAGGAAACAUGCGUCAAGUUGCUGAAGAAAUACGGUAACAUGAUUUGGUGCACGGAGCUUGGUAUUGUUAUAGUCGUUUAUAUGCAUCUACUGAAGGCUGAGAUGCGCGGUAUCGUUAAAUCACAGGAUAUACUCAACAAUAAUUCAGGCUAAUUUGCGAUAAAUCAUCGAAUUUUUUUUUCCAUUUUCUCAAAACUAAACAUGUACAAAACCUGUCGUAGUUCAUAAGUUUCUAUUUUCGUAUUCGAUUUUUACAAAUGUUCGUGUUUAACCAAUAUUUUACAUCAAAAUGGUUCAAAAUCGUUGCAAAUCCAAAAAAUAUCAUACGUCAUUCCGUUUUUUCCCAUCAUUUUUUUCAGCUCAUGUAAUAUUCCAAAAAUGAAAUGUGAUGUUUACAAAGUAAUAAAGUUCAAUAUAUAAAGUGGUGCAUGAACAUGAA